AUGGAGUCCUCAGGCAUCGCAGAGUCCAUCACUGACUUUCAUUAUGAAGAGAUAAGUUUUGCGUGUGACAACAACAGCAUCUUUGGCCCCCUCACCACCACGAUCCUAUACUGCCUGGUGUUUUUCUUCAGCCUUGUGGGCAAUGGCCUGGUGUUGUGGGUCCUUGUGAAGUAUGAGAGCUUAGAGUCUCUCACCAAUGUCUUUAUCCUCAAUCUGUGCCUCUCAGACCUGGUGUUCUCAUGCCUGUUGCCUGUGUGGAUCUCGGCAUACCACUGGAACUGGGUGCUGGGAGACUUCCUCUGCAAGCUCCUAAAUUUGUUCUUCUCCAUCAGCCUCUACAGCAGCAUCAUCAUCCUGACCAUCAUGACCAUCCACCGCUACCUGUCAGUUGUGAGCCCCCUCUCAACCCUGCGUUUCCACACCCUUCGCUGCCGUGUGCUGGUGACCACAACCAUAUGGACAGCCAGCAUCCUGUCUUCUAUCCCUGAUGGCAUCUUCCACCAGGUGUUCUCUGAGAGAUGUGAUUAUCCAGAAGACCAAUGGUUCCUAGCCUCAGUCUACCAGCACAACAUCAUCUUCCUUCUCUCCUUGGGGAUUAUCCUGUUCUGCUAUGUGGAGAUUCUCAGAACCCUGUUCCGCUCACGAUCUAAACGGCGCCAUAAGACAGUCAGGCUCAUCUUCACCAUAGUGGUAGUAUACUUCCUUAGCUGGGCUCCCUACAACCUGAUUUUGUUUCUGCAGACACUGUGGAAACUCAAUAUCAUCCGUAGCUGUGAGGUCUACAAACAACUGGAUUACGCUUUGCACAUCUGCCGCAAUGUUGCCUUCUCCCACUGCUGCUUCAACCCAGUGCUCUAUGUUUUUGUUGGGGUCAAGUUCCACAGACAUCUCAAAAGUCUGUUCCAGCAGUUCUGGGUCUGCAGGCAGCGUGCUCCCACCACUCCUCCUACCCCACACUCCCCAGGGACCUUCCACGAUGAGGGUGCCUCCUUCUAUUGA